UUGCGAAAUCCAAAAAAUCUGGUUCAGCUGCAGAUGAACUGUACGAACCUAAACUUAGCUGGUUCCAUGCUGCAAAGUUUUUAAUGGGUCGUUCGUCCAGCAGACCUUCUACUUCAACUCUGGAUAAGGAAUUCCAAAUUCUGCCCACACUUACUGACGCAUCUGGGACUGACAAUAUAGAGGAUGUGGAUUCUCCAAGUUCUCCAAUUGUUCAACCACAACAAAAAAUAACUAAAUCUCAAACACCUGGAAUGCAUCCUCCACGCUCCAAAAAGCAAAAAAUAUCCGAAAUACGUGCUGUUGAACACAUAGUUGAUAAACUACAUGUAAUAUCGCAAAACGUUAAGCCAGCUGGCAAAAAUGGUUCUGUUAGACACACUAGUGAUGAACUGUCUCAUUUUGGAGAGUACGUUUCAGCACAAUUGGGGCAAUUAAACCCAAUCGAUUCUCUUAAGGCUCAAAAAGCUAUCCAAGACAUUCUUAUAACUGCAAGAAUGGAAUCAUUGAAUUGAAACAUGCAAAUUCACAGAUAUUAUUCACCAUCACCAACCAUAGCUACCUCUGUAUCUGGAUCUGACAGAACUGAUGUGGAAGAUAUUCAUCACCAAGAAAAUUCA